AUGUUACAGCAUACUGUGUCUUGUGGCCUUUGUCUUGCAAGGCUCAAUUCUUCUCCAUUAAACUCACUCAUCAAAACCUUGCCACCUUAUGCAUUUUGCACUCUUUCCUUAACCCAAAUGAACCCCACACAGAAAUUAACAUUUUCCCAUAUUUUCCAAAAAUGUUCCAGCCUUAAAACCCUGAAUCCUGGCAAACAAGCCCAUGCCCAGAUGAUUGUAACUAGUUUUGUGCCCACCAUCUAUGUUGCCAAUUGUUUACUUCAAUUCUAUAGCAAAACUUCCAAUAUGGACUACGCAUUCAGGGUGUUUGACAGAAUGCCCCAAAGGGACAUAAUCUCUUGGAACACUAUGAUAUUUGGGUAUGCAGGAAUUAGAAACAUGGGGUUUGCACAGUCUUUAUUUGACUCAAUGCCUGAGAGAGAUGUGGUUUCCUGGAAUUCUUUGCUCUCUUGUUAUUUACAGAAUGGUGUUAAUCGAAAGUCAAUUGAAAUUUUUGUCAAGAUGAGAUCACUGAAAAUUCCCCAUGACUAUGCUACUUUUGCUGUUGUUUUAAAAGCUUGUUCUGGUAUUGAAGACUAUGGCUUGGGGCUUCAGGUGCACUGCCUUGCAAUUCAGAUGGGUUUUCAGAAUGAUGUGGUGACGGGUAGUGCUCUGGUAGAUAUGUACUCAAAAUGUAAGAAACUAGAUGAUGCUUUUCAGGUUUUUCGUGAAAUGCCUGAAAGAAAUUUGAUAUGUUGGAGUGCUGUAAUUGCAGGCUAUGUUCAGAAUGAUUGGUUUGUUGAGGGAUUAAAACUGUUUAAAGAUAUGCUGAAAGUAGGUAUGGGGGUGAGUCAAUCAACCUAUGCCAGCGUAUUUAGGUCUUGUGCUGGGUUGUCUGCAUUUAAAUUAGGCACACAGUUGCAUGGUCACGCACUAAAGGCUGAUUUUGGAUAUGAUAGUAUAGUUGGAACUGCCACAUUGGACAUGUAUGCAAAAUGUGACAGAAUAUCUGAUGCCCGAAAGCUAUUUAACACAUUGCCUAAUCCUACUCGGCAAUCUUAUAAUGCCAUUAUUGUUGGAUAUGCUAGGCAAGAUCAAGGUCUAAAAGCUUUAGAGAUUUUUCAGUCUUUGCAGAAGUCUUAUCUCGGCUUUGACGAAAUUAGUCUGUCUGGUGCUUUAACCGCUUGUUCAGUGAUCAAAGGCUAUUUGGAGGGGAUUCAAUUACAUGGAUUAGCAGUCAAAUGUGGUUUAGGGUUUAAUAUCUGUGUUGCAAACACUAUUUUAGACAUGUAUGGCAAAUGUGGAGCACUGAUGGAUGCUUGUUUAAUAUUUGAUGAGAUGGAAACAAGGGAUGCUGUGUCUUGGAAUGCAAUCAUUGCUGCUCAUGAGCAAAAUGAAGAAGUAGAGAAAACACUUUCUCUUUUUGUAUCAAUGCUGCAAUCAACAAUGGAACCUGAUGAUUUUACUUAUGGUAGUGUUGUAAAGACAUGUGCUGGUCAGCAAGCAUUAAACUGUGGCAUGGAGAUCCAUGGAAGAAUUAUUAAGUCUGGGAUGGGGUUAGACUGGUUUGUUGGCAGUGCCCUUGUUGAUAUGUAUUGCAAGUGUGGAAUGCUAAUGGAGGCAGAAAAGAUCCAUGACAGACUGGAACAGAAAACAACUGUUUCCUGGAAUUCGAUCAUUUCAGGAUUCUCAUCCCAAAAGCAAAGUGAAAAUGCUCAGAGGUAUUUUUCCCAGAUGCUUGAAAUGGGUGUAAUACCUGACAACUUCACAUAUGCUACAGUUCUUGAUAUCUGUGCUAAUAUGGCAACUAUCGAACUUGGAAAGCAGAUUCAUGCUCAAACCUUAAAGCUACAGUUGCAUUCAGAUGUGUAUAUUGCCAGCACCCUUGUAGAUAUGUAUUCAAAGUGUGGAAAUAUGCAGGAUUCCAGGCUAAUGUUUGAGAAGGCACCAAAGCGAGAUUACGUGACUUGGAGUGCCAUGAUAUGUGCAUAUGCAUACCAUGGUCUAGGAGAAGAUGCCAUUAAAUUAUUUGAGAAGAUGCAGCUUUUGAAUGUGAAACCAAAUCACACAAUUUUUAUUUCAGUGCUCAGAGCCUGUGCACAUAUGGGUUAUGUAGACAGAGGGCUGCAUUACUUCCAGAAAAUGCAAAGUCACUAUGGUUUAGAUCCCCAGAUGGAACAUUAUUCAUGUAUGGUAGAUCUACUAGGGAGGUCGGGUCAAGUAAAUGAAGCUUUGAAGCUUAUUGAAAGCAUGCCUUUUGAAGCUGAUGAUGUCAUUUGGAGAACUUUGCUCAGUAAUUGCAAGAUACAAGGGAAUGUAGAAGUUGCAGAAAAAGCAGCCAAUUCUUUAUUGCAGUUGGACCCUCAAGACUCUUCUGCUUAUGUUCUUUUAUCAAAUGUAUAUGCUAACAUAGGGAUGUGGGGUGAGGUCGCAAGAAUAAGAAGUAUAAUGAAGCACUGUAAGUUAAAGAAGGAGCCAGGUUGUAGCUGGAUUGAGGUAAGAGACGAGGUACAUGCAUUUCUUGUUGGAGACAAGGCACAUCCAAGAUCUGAAGAGAUAUAUCAGCAAACUCAUUUACUUGUGGAUGAGAUGAAGUGGGCUGGGUAUGUUCCAGAUAUUGAUUUCAUGCUUGAUGAGGAGGUGGAAGAACAAGAUUCUUAUGAGGGGCUCAAAACCACAGUCUGUAGUGUGAGGUAA